UGCGCUCUCCGGUUUCAGAUUGGCAAGCUGCUACUUUAGACGAUCAUGGCUAAAGAGUGCGUUUCACUCUCCAACAGUCCUAAAGAUCUUGGACCCCCCACGGAAGAAAUCCCCGGUGUUCAAGAUUUAGAGCAGCUCCUGAAUACUGGGAAGCCUUCCUGUAACCACGUUGAUGAAGUAUGGCCUAAUCUUUUCUUAGGAGACCAUAAUACAGCGCAUAACCGAUUUGACUUAUGGAAAAUGGGGAUUAGCCACAUUUUGAAUGCAGCCCAUGGCACCCUAUAUUGCCAAGAGCCCCAUGACUUUUAUGGUGCAACAAUCGAAUACCGUGGUGUGCCAGCUCAUGACCUUCCCAGUUUUGAUAUAAGCCCGUAUUUUUACUCUUCUGCGGAAUUUAUACACAAGGCUUUGACUACGCCAGGAGGCAAAAUCUUCGUGCACUGUGCCUUUGGGAUAAGCAGGUCCUCAUCUUUGGUACUGGCGUACCUUAUGAUCCACCAUCAUUUCUCUUUGGUUAAAGCGAUCCAGACAGUAAAAGAGCAUCGGUGGAUCUUCCCUAAUCGAGGCUUCCUGAAACAAUUAAGGAAUUUGGACAUUCAGCUAAGGAAAAACUGAACAAAGGAGAAAAAAGAAUAUACAUUUUUAAAGGAAGAACCAUAUCUUACAGAAGCUCUGUCAGUUGGAACAAUAUAUGCAAAAGUUACUCUUGUAGCUUAGUUGCAGAUGUUCCUUCCUGUUUGGUAAAGUUUGCAGCG